AUGGCUGCUAAGAAACUAAGAAGAGCAAGGUUGUCUCAGGAGCUGUGUGAAAGGCUGAGUCGCCAUCAGAUCACUACCUGUCAGGACUUUUUAUGUCUUUCCCUCUUGGAGCUAAUGAAAGUGACGGGACAGAGCUACUAUGAUGUGCAGAAGCUUCUUUGUAAAGUCAGCCGAGCUUGUGCUCCCAAAAUGCAGACAGCUUAUGAAAUGAAACUGAGGAAGUCUGUCAAUCCCUCUUCAGCCUUUUUAUCCACCACGCUGCAUAGUUUGGAUAAAGUCUUGCAUGGUGGAGUGCCCUGUGGAUCCCUCACAGAGAUAACUAGCCCACCAGGUUGUGGCAAAACUCAAUUUUGUAUUAUGGUGAGUGUUCUGGCUACACUGCCUGUAAGCAUGGGAGGACUGGAUGGGGCUGUUAUAUACAUUGACACAGAGUCUGCGUUCAGUGCUGAAAGGUUGAUUGAGAUAGCAGGAAACAGAUUCCCUACUUAUUUUGACUCAGAUGAAAAGCUGUUCUGCAUGACCCGUAGCAUUCAUCUGUAUCGAGAGCUGACUUGUGGCAGUGUACUGAAGAGGAUUAUGUCUUUGGAAGAAGAAAUUAUUUCAAAGAAAGUUAAACUCAUAAUAAUUGACUCUGUUGCUUCAGUUGUCAGAAAGGAGUUUGACACACAACUCCAAGGCAACCUGGCAGAGAGAAGUAACUUUUUGGCUAGAGGAGCAUCAGUGUUGAAGUAUUUGGCAGAGGAGUUCUCAAUACCA